GCCGCGGCCGCCGGCAUGAGCCACAUUCAGAUCCCGCCGGGGCUCACGGAGCUGCUCCAGGGCUACACGGUGGAGGUUCUGCGGCAGCAGCCGCCCGACCUCGUCGACUUCGCGGUGAGCUACUUCACCCGGCUGCGCGAGGCCCGCGCCCGCGCCGCCAGCCCGCCCACCGCCCCUCCUUCCGACUCGCAGCGUCUGGAGCCGGACCCGGGCCUGGUCGCCGACGCGGUCGCCGAGAGCAGCUCGGAGGACGACGAGGACCUGGACGUGCCAAUUCCUAACAGAUUUGAUCGGCGAGUGUCAGUCUGUGCUGAGGCCUAUAACCCUGAUGAGGAAGAGGAAGAUACUGAUCCAAGGGUGAUUCAUCCUAAAACUGAUCAACAGAGAUCCAGACUUCAGGAGGCUUGCAAAGAUAUUCUACUUUUCAAAAAUCUGGAUGAGGAACAACUUUCUCAAGUCCUUGAUGCCAUGUUUGAAAGGACAGUCAAAGUUGAUGAGCAUGUCAUUGACCAAGGAGAUGAUGGAGACAACUUUUAUGUCAUAGAACGGGGAACCUAUGACAUUUUAGUAACAAAAGAUAGUCAAAUCCGCUCUGUUGGUCAGUAUGACAACCAUGGCAGUUUUGGAGAACUCGCUCUGAUGUACAACACCCCGAGAGCUGCUACCAUUGUCGCCACUUCAGAAGGCUCCCUUUGGGGACUGGAUCGUGUGACUUUUAGAAGAAUCAUAGUGAAAAACAAUGCAAAAAAGAGGAAGAUGUUCGAAUCAUUUAUUGAAUCUGUACCCCUCCUUAAAUCACUAGAGGUUUCGGAACGAAUGAAGAUUGUUGAUGUUAUAGGAGAAAAGAUCUAUAAAGAUGGAGAGCGCAUAAUCACUCAGGGUGACAAGGCUGAUAGCUUUUACAUUAUAGAGUCUGGUGAAGUGAGCAUCUUGAUUAGAAGCAAGACUAAAGCAAACAAAGAUGGUGGGAACCAGGAGGUUGAGAUCGCCCGCUGUCAUAAGGGGCAAUACUUUGGAGAGCUUGCACUGGUCACCAAUAAGCCCAGAGCUGCUUCAGCUUAUGCAGUGGGAGAUGUCAAAUGCUUAGUUAUGGAUGUACAAGCAUUUGAGAGGCUUCUGGGGCCCUGCAUGGACAUCAUGAAGCGGAACAUCUCACAUUAUGAAGAGCAACUGGUGAAGAUGUUUGGCUCCAGUAUGGAUCUGAACGAUCCUGGGCAGUAGGUGUGCUGCACCCCAGAGCCUUCUCAGUGUGACACCAAAACCUUCCGGUCAGCCACACAACACACAUAGAAAACAGACAUGACAGAACUGUUCCUGCUGUUGCCAUCACCACUGCCAAUGCUAUGGCUGUGGGCAUUUAUAAAACUUGAAAGUCAGCACUAAAGGAUGGGUAGAGGUUCCACUCACACCUCCACUUUGCUCCUAAACGCCCAUUAUUAGACCACUUGUAAUGAUUACUCAACCCAAUUUUUACAUCUUUGGUUCAAAAUGGCAUGUCUCUCCAACAAUUUAAGUGCCUGAUAAAAAGUCCAAAGUGUAAACAUCUUACUUUCCUCUCUUGCUGCUACUAUUGCUUUUGGAAGUUACCACAGGUCUAUACCGUUGUGUAACUGUAGACAUCCUCCCCCAGCCUUUCUCAAGGGAGGAAAUGGUGUAGCCUUUGAUCUCCUCAUUUGUCCUUUGAGAAAGUGUACAUUUGUUCACAACUGUAGCCCUUGGCUUUACUGUGGGAAAUGGUGGCAGAAAUGAUGGAGGUCUGUGGUCCUAUGGCAUUGUACGGUCUGCUGGCAGCUGCACACUUCACAGUUGUUUCAAACUCAUAGUGAUGUUUAGGGAAAGGCCCCUUCCAGGACCCAGCAGAUCAGCACCCAAAACGUACUGAUCAGUCAUUGGGACCCAUGAGAAAACAGAAAACUGGGAUUCAGCACAUUUAGGUAGUAAAGAACCAGAAGAUUUUUGGGGUUGGGGAAUUUUAUCCUUUUUGGUUUUGUUUUAUUUGAUUUCUGUGCAGUUUGCAUGAAUGAAUUGCUGUCCUUUUAUAAGGAGCCAGGGUCUAGAAGCUCAUUACCUUAUCUGAUCCAAACACUUUUCUGGACAACUUUGGCCAUCUUUUGUUUCCAGUUGCCCCUACUGGCUAAUGAUAGUAUACUGUACUACAAAGAGAACCCUUUCCUUGUACACCAGACUUGUUGCAUAGCUUUGCUGUUGAACCAUAAAUUUUUUAACUCAAAGAAGAAACGGCUGUUAUUUGAAAUUAAAAGAAUAAUUUCUCCAUUUAGGGAAUACCUCUUGGACAUAUUUAUAUAUAUGGAGUUUUUCAGCUGACCCAGGCAUUCAUCCUAAAGUUCAACUCUUGUUAGUUUUCCAAAAUUAGCAUCAUUUGCAAUUUCAUAGAAUUACUGCAAAACCUUUAUAGUUAAGAUGUUGCAAUAUUUGGUAUUCCAGUUGUUCCUUUGGAAUUUUUUACUUCCAAAGAAAAAUAAUUUAGCUUGUAUUUUAAAAUUUUUUAAACCUUUUAAUUAUAUCAAGUAUAAUCUUGAUGACUUGCCCUAAUUAGCUGUAUUUCAGAAUGAGUUUUUUUUCCUUCUUCAGAAUGACUUAGAAUCGGGUGUUGUAAGAGAUCCUAAGAGCAGUGGGAAAUUUACAUAAAUAUAAAUUUGAAUAUGAUAGCCAAGUUUAUGUUAAAUAAAAAGAUCCUUCCCAAUAUGAUCUUUUUAAAAACCUGUAUAACUUAAUGAAUCCCAAAAAGAUUAUCGGCUGGGGCUUGAGUCAUUCCUGAUGUAGAAAAUGAUGGUGCCCCACAUAAUCAUCUUCUAUUGUUCAUAUAAGCCAGGUAUUUUUGCCACUAACAUUGGUCAAAAGAGUUCCAGAGUGGUGACCCAUUACCACCUUGAUCAGUUCUCCCAUUUCUUACAUCUGUGAAGUAAAACAGAAGGAUGCUUUUCAGAAUGCCCUAUGCAGCCUGAACUGCAACUUUCAGAAUUGUGAAUGGUUGGAACUAAUACUCCAAAAUAGGCAGCUAGUACUGGGAAAGCCACUGGUUUUUCCCAUGAUUUUCAAGGUUCUUUUUUUCUAUAAUAUUGCUUCAUUAUUAAAUAAAGACAGAAAGCAGACUUUGCACUUAAGCAGACAAGAAACAUUUGUUUCUUGCAAAGGUAACAGGUACAUUGGACUUAAGAAAUAUACAGAGCUCUAGCCUCCAAUUAGGUGAGGACUCUGAACACUGAGUGUCUUGCCUUCUGUGCACCUCUCCACCCACCACCACCAGCGUUAGUUAAGGCUGUGAACUUCAUUCUGGUCACUUCUGCAGGCUGCCCUCUUGCAAAUCCCAGUUCAAUUGUCCUCAUCUCAAAGGUCUCUUUUUGGCACCCCAAGUCAUUGAUGUACAGAGUAGAAUUCAUCAAGGUUGUAUCCUCCGGUUCUAACUACAUAUUGACAUAUGGAUCAUCAGUCCAUGCUAUUAAUACAUACUGUGUCCCUUGGAGUCUAGUUUGAGAAAAGAAGAUUUUAAAGGGAUUGGUGUGAGUGAAAUAGGGCACAGCCAUUACCAAGGUGCCAGGAAUCUGACAUCAUUCAAUUCUCUCUGCAGCAUGGAGAAUAAAGAUGGCAGACAAAGUUUAGCUCAGAGCUGAGUUAUUCACAUUGUACCAGGCAAGCCCUGAAUUGAUAGUUGAGCUUCAGAAGAGUAUAUGUUGGGAAGAGAUCUUUUUUAAAUUUUUAUAUAUAUAUAUAUAUAUAUAUAUAUAGUUUGCUUCUUUGGUUUAGAGCUUCACACCCGCUUUUCCAGCUUGUUAUUGAUUUUGGAUAGUGGAGAAUAUCCUGAGAGCCUUGAGAUCCAACCUGCAGUAUUAUCUUUCAUUUUGGCCCCUGGUUUAUUACACCCACUCUCUUUUAUUGGUUGUAUUCUUUGAAGGAAGGGUUCAUGUGCUCUGUUCUGUUAGUUGAUAGUCUCAUAUAAUUGCUAUAGAUUCUCAGGAAUCAGGGUGGAGCUUUUUUUGAAUUAUUAUUUAGUGAGCAAAUUUGGCAGCAUAGUAGAAAGAAAUGGUUCUCCAGCCAGGAGAAGUUAUGUUUAUCAUUUUAUUGCCCAGAUUCUUUGCUUAUAUAAAGUAGUCAGUGAGAGGAGCCACUGGUGUACAGCAGCACCCUGGGUACACACCAUUUCCGUGUCGUGUCACGUUGUACAAACAAUCCUCUCUAGUUUAAAAUAACUGAAAGAGCAUUUUUUGCACAGAGAAAGGAAAAAGACCCGUGAAUGUCAUCUUUUAUCUUUUGUUUUCAGUUGGCUGAUGUUGGAAUUUUUGUUCUUGACAUGCACUUGUAAACCAAUCUUGCCAAGAUACAAGUUGUUUUGGUUUUUCACUAAAAUUACCUCUUGUUCCUCUUGUCUUGACUGCUGACGUCCUUUAAUGAUUCUAAUGUCUAUUUUAUGAGAAGCAGCCUUCCUGUGGGUUUCCUUUUACACAAUGCAGGGCUAUCUUUAUACUUAAAAAAAAAAGAAAAAAAAAGAACACUGUCACUAACCUCAUGUGGGAUUUGCAGAAAACCAUUUAGCCCACCUUGAGCAAACGAUAGAUUCUUCAUUGUUUUCUUAAGAUCAUUGUAAUAAAAUAAAUCUAAUUCAGCAUUAUUGUGCUACCUCAAGGGUAAAGAUCUUAAGGUUUUUGGUUUUGUUUUCUUUCUUUCUUUUUUUGGGCGGGGGGUUUUGGUCUUGAGUUCUAUACAUGGUGUUUGAAAUAUCUUUCAAUUGAAAUUAUUUUUUAAAUCAUUGGGGAGAAUUUUAUUUUAAUCCAUUUUACACUUGUAUUUUAAUCUCAGAAGUGAUUGGAAAGUGAUCAAUUCUUGCUCUGUAGUAUUGAAUAUGUAAUUAAAUUGUUUGCUAUAAAUAAGGUUGGGGUUUUUUAAAAAGGAAACUCUAGGGCUCGGCUUUGCUCUUGGUUAAUAAAGGCUGACAAAUUAUAUGUCUGACUUUCCAGUGCAACCUUGUGUCGUGUGCUUGUCCUCUCAUUUUAGAACUCCCGACCAUCAUAGCAUUCAUCUGGCAGAUAAAUUGUUGGAAUUAUGGUGUGAGCUCUUGAAAAUAACUGAAACUCCCAGAGCAAUGGUUGACCAAAUAUCUGGACUUCCUUUGGCCCAGUAAAGUUGAUAUAAAAUUAGCCAUCACAGCAUGGUAUUUGAAUUGUUGGGGAUUACCAAUGAAGCCUAGCAGAAAACAUCUUCAGUCUGGCAAUAUUAUUUACAUUAUUUCCUUUUCUGUAACACAUCUAUAACCAAAACUAUGACUGUGAUAGCCUAAUGUACAUACAGUUUCUUUCCAAGUAACGAACAAAAUCCCAUUUUACAGCAAAACCAUGUUCUAGUUUGAUCUCGCCUUCAUCUAGGCAGGGACACCUGGCAAUAUAAGAGAGCCAAGUAGUCAGUGAGUGUAAAAAAUAUCCACAUGGGACUCAAAAAACAGGUAAAAAAAUCCUCUCAAAACCAAACUGACGAUAUUUUAAGGCUUUAAAAAUUAAAUAUGGUUUGAUCUUCUGGGUUUGGUGGUGGUUUUGCUAUGAAGAGUUAAGAGGUGGCAGGACACACGCAGCCUCUUUGGUAUACCAACUGUGUCCCACAUGUGCCCAAGUACAAGACUAUUGAGAAGUUUGUCAUUCAAAACUGGGGGCCACAGUCAUCAGGGAUGUAACCAAAACAAGCAUCCUCAUCCCUAUGUGCUUCCAUCAUGUAUAUGAAAUUACACUGUUGCUUGAGUUGUGCCAUUCAUGGCAAGGUAUUCUCCUGAAGCCUGGAGAGAUUGAAUACCCCCACCCCGAUUUAGACCUGUGGGUGCUGCCUCAUCACCUCUGCCAAAGGAGCUGAGUCCUUAAGGACUGAAGAAAAAUGGUCCUCUGGGAGAAAAUAAAAUGUAAAU